AUGAUGAGGACUUUAUGGAUGAUGCAAAAUGUAAGAUCUUCGCAAAUGACCGUCUCAUAUAAUUUGGAUGUCUCGUCGGUGUCAGCUUUCUCAUUUCUAAAAUUACUAUUUCGAUGGCGUGGUUCGAUAUGGAAAUCGAUUGCUGCUGAACUACUCCUAUGGUUAUGCGGGUACUAUACAGUUUUUCUGACGUACCGGAUGGUACUAGACGAGAAUGCGAAGAAGCAAUUCGAGCGAAUCGCCGAACACUGUGACGAUAAACUCAAAUAUAUUCCGCUCACCUUCAUGCUCGGUUUUUUCGUAACUAUCGUCGUGGAUCGAUGGCGAAGCAUAUUCCAAAAUAUGGGGUGGAUAGAGAACUUGGCGCUUACGGUGACAUCUUUACUAAGAGGUGAUUCGAAGGAGGCGAUCCUCUACAGAAGAACAAUAAUUCGUUAUGCAGUUUUAUGUCAAGUUCUUGUAUUUCGUGAUGUUUCUAUGCGUGUGCGGCGGCGAUUUCCAAACAUGGAAUCUCUCGUUGUUGCAGGUUUUCUUCACGAGAAUGAAUUAUUGGAUCUUGAAAAUAUCAAAUUGAUUUACAACAAAUACUGGGCGCCUAUCAACUGGUCGUUGACGCUAUGUAUGAAAGCCUACAAAGAGGGAUUAUUCGAAACACUUCCAGCUGUUAUAAAUGUGCAAACGGAAAUCAAGAACUUUCGGGCAAGUUUAGCACAACUAUGUAAUUAUGACUGGGUACCAAUCCCGAUCGCAUAUCCACAGGUCGUCUUUCUUGCUGUUCGUGUGUAUUUUUUGAUUUGUAUCGUUUCAAGACAGUUCAUAAUCAGUAUCGAUGCUAAAAACAAGAGUGUGAUUGAUCUUUAUGUUCCAUUUAUGACUAUGCUACAAUUCACCUUCUUCGUUGGCUGGAUGAAGGUCGCAGAAGCGCUAUUGAAUCCACUCGGAGAAGAUGAUGACGAUUUUGAGUGUAACUUUUUGAUCGAUAAGAACAUUGCGACUGGCAUGGCGAUUGUAGAUGAAACUUACGAUUCAUGUCCACAAUUAUUACCGGAUCGAUUUGCGGAUCCUGAUUUUCAUCCAAUUUAUUCGGAAGAUAGUCAUAAGAAUGGUACGGAUGGUACUUUGCAAGGAUCUGCUGAAGGCGUCGAGCUAGCAAAGGAUACUGACCAAGUCAAAAUGGUUGCCGUUGACAGAAGGACAUCGGUUGGGGAUGAUGAAUCGCUUCGAUCGCGUAAACCUUCCGCACUGUCCCGAAAGAUCAGUAAUGCAUUAGGUGUUCAGCGCCGAUCUCAUUCUAUCCAACCGGUUCACCUCAGCACCGUUCAUCAAAUACCUUUUGACUAUUCGCCGUCGCAUGUUACGGUAGACAUACAAAACGGUGAGAAGAAAGCAAGCAGCACUGGAAAUGUGCUGGAAAUAGUGAAGGAGGAAGAAGGCGUCGAACUGGAUCCGCCUGCUGACGGCAGAGAAGACGAAACUGUACAAAACGCUCAAAAUCCCCUGCCGAGUGUUCGAAAAUGA